GCGUUACAGUUAGUUUGAACCGAGGCAGUCAAUUUUUUUCUGUAUGCUUUGCAUCAUAUGAGAAUUUCUAAAUAUUUGUUUUAUUGGUUUCUCACAAAUAUCGCGGUCAGACGUAGCAAACGAUAACUUUGGUCAAUGAAAAGUGGUCAAUUUUCUCAAAUGGAAAGACCCUUACCAUUCUCACGUUCCAAACUACCUAAAUCAAAGCAUCGUUUUGUCUCAUGGUCUGUGAAGCAAAAACAGAAAAGUAGUUACUUGUACUUUCAAUUUUAUUUUCUAAAGAAUUCAAUCAGGCCCUACCGGUGAACCGUUCAAAUGUCCCUUUUAAUUGUCCUUUAAUUGGAUGUUCAGGGAUUGGUCAUAUUAAUGGCCGAGAUACUGCACACGUGACCCUAUCUGGAUGCCCUUUGUAUCACAAUAUGAGCUUUGUGAAAUGGGCGGAGAUGCGUGCUCGGGAAGAAGGUCUUGUUGUUCCAGAAUCCAUUAUACGAAUAUCUCAAAAUUCACCAUCACCUUCUAAAGUUAAGCACAGGGUUGACCGUUCACAUCAGUUUAAAACUACACAAAGAGAACCUAUGCUUGAUGAUUUAGCUAGCCAAGUAGAGUUGUACCAGUUUCGUCGUGCUCAACAAAGAUUGGUUUCAACCUAUGAGACGGAUGCCCGAGAACAUUUACUUCUAUGUGCACGAGUGGCUUCGAAUUCAGGAAAUGUACCCAAUAAUGGUAGUUUGUAAUUUCACAUCAAAAUAAGAUUAAGCAUUUUCCGAAAAUAUUGAGUUUGCUACAGAACAGCGCAUACGUUCUGUUAUUUUUGGAACAUGGGAUUUACAACCGUGGUAUCAGAGUAAUUAUCCUGCCGAUUUGAGUUGUCUACCUACCAUAUACAUUUGUGAAUUCUGUCUAUGUGGAAUGCGCCAUAAGGUUGCAUAUGAUCGUCAUAAAAUUAAUUGUGGUCGAACGUUUCCUCCAGGUAAUGAAAUAUAUCGUAAAGAGAAUUUAUCGUUUUUUGAAAUUGAUGGACAAAAGCAUCAGGAAUAUUGUCGAAAUUUAUGUUUAUUAGCUAAAUUAUUUCUGAAACAAAAAACAGUUCAUGAGUUAGAUCAAGUUCCUGCAUUUUUAUUCUACGUAUUAACUGAAACAGAUCAAGAUGGUUCACAUAUUAUUGGUUAUUUCUCAAAACAAAAAGCUGAUGAUCAAUGUGACAACUCCGUCAAUACCGUGUACAAUAAUCUUUCAUGUAUUCUCAUUUUACCGCCUUAUCAAUGUCGUGGUUUUGGUCGUAUGCUAAUCGAGAUGAGUUAUAUUUUAAGUCGACUAGAACAACGUAUUGGUACACCAGAACGUCCAUUAUCAGAUUUGGGCAUCAUUAUUUACAGAAGAUAUUGGCGUUUUGAAAUUUUAAAAUACUUAUCGUCAUUCACAGCUAAAUCAAUUAAUAUUCGAAGUAAGUGACUAUAAUUUACGAUUUUUUUUCAAAAAAUCUAUAUUUUAUUAGACUUUCAACGUUUCAUUUCGAGAUCAAAGCAACAAUCAGAUGUAUCUAAGAUGACCUCAGAAGUCAUUCUAUCGAUUCAAGUAAUUUUAAAACGGAAAUUACGUUGACAGUUUUGGUACUGCAUUACAAAUAAUUUUUUAAAAUUUAUUUUGAAUAAAGUAGUCGAUUAAUAUGUCACCGUUUAACUAAUUGAAAAGUUGGUCUUUUUGUUUGAAAAUCUCAUCUGUCGUUCUACGUAUGGGUUGGAUAUAGUCUUUAAAAAUUGCAGGACUAACGGUUAGAUAAUUGUAUGAAGUGUGAUAGUACUAUACUUGUUGUGUUAUUGUUUACAUCACUAACAACAAAUCGAUUAUAUCUGGUGGCCGACGUAAACUAUCAAGUCUUUUAAUUUUGGAUUAGAAUAUUAGAAAAUCAAACGAGUAGUGCUUACACGUACUUCUUAAUAUAUGGACUCAUAACUAACCUGAUGGCGUAAAACAGAUGUACAAUGCGUCAAAAAGGGGUUAUAUUCAGGACUAUGCAAAGUUUUGUAUCAGUCUUAACACUAAACUAGGAUCCAGAGUUUCCUGUCUACUACUUUCAACCUCCAAACAUUCUGUAAAAUAACUUUGUGCAUAAUACAUGAAAUGUGGCAUGUAGUGUAAUCCAGGACUCUAGGCUGGUCCUAUUUAGGACUCGUUAGCCAGACGUACCUGUAUCCCAGGGUAAUGUUCACUGUGGGACUCGAACCCAGUACCUUUUGCUUGAAACUUCAGCGCGUUAUUUGCCUACCUACUAAGUCCAGAUAUUCUCUCAUUCUUGCAGGGGUAUGAAUUUUAACUUAAUUUGUAAUUAUUUGGAUGACCCCGCUGUUGAUAUAUUGACUGAAAUUUUAUCAGUCCCUGAGUGAGCAACAACUUAGGACACAGCCACAUCUAACUGACGAGUCCCAAAUGUACCAAAACACGCAUCCUGAACUCUCCUGCUGACUACGUUCCAUUUAUUUUUUAUAAACUUGUGGCUAUAUAGGUUCAGUCAACAUAAAAUGUACAUUUGCCAACAAAGACUGAUCAAAUUUUAGUAUAAAAUAUCAGAAACGAAAUUUUAUGAUAUUACAAUGGUACCGAGGAACGGAACGUAAACCAGGAACACAAUAAUGGGACGAAGCUAAGUUAUUCUUCUGCAUCCCAGCUCUGUUAGCUAGAUGAAGAUCAGAGUCAGCUGGAAAAAUAUAUAAUUCUACAACCAGCCCAGAAGAACGAAUAACAAACACCCAAAUCUUAUAUGACGUAUACAAUAUAAAAAUGUCCUUGAAGAGCGUCACUAAAUAAAGUACCGAAAAAGAAGACGAACCAAUAAAAUUUAAAGUCCUUCCAGGCGGGUAACACAAGUUAAAGGUAGUAAUGGGAGCCUUUGGCGCAAAAACGAUAGAUUCAAAUCUCUACAAUUAAAUUACAAAAAUAGGAUGUUUAUCAAGUGAUUUCUGGGGGUCCAGCAUCUCCAACUUCGUUGUAUGUGCUUCCGGUUCCGGAGGUUGUCUCACCAGAUGUCGUACGGUACUUAAUGGGACCUUAGCUUGCUGAAACUGGUCAAACCAAUCUAAACUAAGUAGAUUUAAAGUAACUGGCGUUACGCAACAUACCCUGGUGAACACCGAUUCUCGGGAAGACACGUCACAAUCUAGUCGUCCGAACAAAUGCAGAUAACUACCACAUGCUGUACGAGCCUUUUAUCUUGUUAGCUGAAUGCACGGGCUGCCCAUUUCGAUCCCAAAUUUACGGGAGAUAAUGGUAAUGUCUGAAGCUUUAUCAAUUUGGAAUCUAAAUAAAUGCCCAUUAUUAUUAAAGAUAAUAAGUUUUUUUUCACCUGGAGUUGUGCUCUAAUAGGAUUCUAGUAGGCUCAACGAAUUAGUGCAGGUUUUGGAAGCAGGCUUUCCAAUGUUUAUGGACUGAUGUGAUAGUUGGUUUGAUUUCCAACUUUGACAGAGUCCAUCUUUGUGACCGUUGGAUUUAUAUUUCCUGCAACGAUGUUGCUUGAACGGACAGGUUCUUACCGAAUGUCACACAACACAGUGCCAGGAGGGAGCCGGAGGACUUGUCUUCGUUUAAUGAACUGAGCUUGGGUAAGAUGAGCUAGGUAUAACAGGCUCGGGUUUGGCAGUGUUGGAUGGUUGCUGGACUAUGUGAACUUCGGAGCGGUCGUAAUCUCCACACUGAACCAUAUUAGUAUCGCGCUGAAGAUUAAUUAGCCUUUGAUAUUUAUUUGCAAUAUCACUCAGCGUUAGUUUGGGAUCCCAGUCCAAUCGACAUGGUAGCCGCGUCAUAAUGUCACCAAAAUUUUGUAACUGUUUGAUGAAGAGUAUGCAAAUUAAUUAUAUAUGUGGCCUUUUACUCUUUUAUUUUCAACAAUGAAACGUGAUUAUAAAUGUGAGGACCUGCUCAUCAUUAUUGUUAUUGAUAUUUCCUUUUUCCAUGAUUUGAUGGUUUAUUUCGUUGGGGUAUUAAAAGUUUUAGUUGAAAUUCAGACGGCGGUAGUUUUGUGCGAAAUUCUGCAUUGAUUUGUGUUUACUUAUCUUCGAUUUUAACAAAGCUAGUCUAACUUUAUAUAAUGUCCUGAAAUUCAUUUUUAAAGAGAUCUACAGUUGCAUUAAUCUGACUGUCAAUUAAUAUGGAGAUAUAUGCGGUAACUUCAAGUGGAAACAAGUGUUCAUUCUUCUAAAAAAUAAUUGAUUUAGAAUGUAGUAUAAUUGGAUAAAUGAAAUAUAUACUUAAAAAGCCAUGAGCAAGCAAACGUACAUGCUAGGAAUAUAAGUAGAACAGACCAGGUUCGUGGACAUGUAGCAGAAAUGGAAUUGUACAUUAGUCUUUUAUCUUUUAGACUAAGAAAUACAACACGAUAUUAUUUCACAGUGUUUUCAUUAACUGACAAUCAAAGUAGACUUAUUGUUACACUUAUUGAUCAUCGGCAAUUCCCCACUGAAAGGUUCUAUACACACCUUAUUCAUAGUGUAAAUAAAUCGGCUAAGUAAAAAUAUCAUAUAAAUAGUACAUUUUUAAUUUGAAAUAAAUCAUACUUCGUAAGUUGUAUUAAUCACAGAUUGAUCUCAGUAAAGGUAACAUUUGAAACUAGGGUGCAUUAAGCAACUUUUUCACCUUAGUAUGAGACUGAGCACUGCGCACCAACAACCCUUCUAGGGAUCAAACCUUAGAAACUUCGGGUCUAUGAGAUUAGUCUGUGGUGAAUAAAACCUAUAAACUAUACCAAUUUUCACGAAAUCCCUUCAACUAACCUGUAAUUUGUUUUUGUUGAAAAGCUUUUAUUCAGAUAAAUUAUUACUAUUACUAUAACUAUUAUUAUUACUACUAUUGUUAUUAUUAUUAUGACGACGAUGAACCCACCUUUUUUAGCUAUGAGUCAAGAAUUAGGAAUAGCAGUUCCUGAUAUUGUAAGCACUUUAUUAGAUAUGAAGAUGCUUGUUUGCUAUCGGACACAAUAUUACAUAAUCAAUAAUAAAGUAAGUGAAUUUUUCACUGUUUUUGUUCUUGGCAUAUUGUAUUUUUUAAUGAUGAAAAGCUAGUAAUAGUAGCAGUCAGCUAGUCAGUCAAACGCAACAUAGAAUCUGGCGCAUGUGUACAUCGGUUUAACUUGCCAUACCUUAUUAGUACAGAGAGAUAAAAUUGUCAGUGCAAAUCCCAGAGUAUUAAAAGUGUUAACAGUAUUGAUAGUAAUGAAAAUGAUUAAGUAUCGAGGAUACCGUUCGAGAGGAUAUAAAUUUGUAAGAUUAACGAAAAUUACAAGCAAUUUAAAAACUUGGGAUCUAAGAGAGGGGAAAAAGUAAGUUCAUCUGCGUCAUUGCGAACGAUUUUCAACAAUAUCAUUCGAAUUGUCUAACCACUGGUCACGAUAAUCGCACAGACCUCAACCAGGUAAUCUGGACUCGGUAGUAGUUAGUGUCGUUCAUUUGUUUCUUGAAAUAAAAACAUAAUUGUACUUAGACCUAAUAUUUCUAUCUAAUUUAUCACUACGUAUAUGGAUAUAGAGAUAACAAGCUGAUCAGAAUCGAGAGAAUAACUUCUUGGUUUUUGUGCGAAAUUUAAAGAUGAAUAACUUUUAUCCUAUAUCACAUAAAGUCAGCAAUACAAAUACUUAGACGGUUUAAAACGGUAACUAAAAUUAAUCCUUUUCUGCCAUUGUAGAGGUAAAGUGAUAAUGUAGUGAACGAUAAAACAGUUAGGGACAACCAAUCUCAAUAGUUAAGAUCAUGAGUCAAUUGAAGCUAGACUACGAUGGAAAACCUGGAAGCACUGAACGUCCGUUUCGUCCCACGAGGUGGGGUCGUGGAUGCGCGCUGCUGAGGAGUCCCACAAUAGGACGAAACGGCUUUCCAAUGCUUCCAGGUUUUCCAUGGUGGUCUAGCUUCAAUUGACUCAUGAUCUCAACUAUUGAAAUUACUAAAAUCUCCAUAAAACCCCUUCUGAUAACCAAUCUAUUGUCUUAUGUAAAAUUACACAAUGCCUUCUUAAAAUAUGGAAACCAUACAUUAAACAUAUUAUUUGCGCAUCUUCCUUCGGUUGUCCUUUAUAUACUUCGUGAUUAUUUCAAUUCUGUUGUUACUACAAUUGUUCUUUGUUUCCUCUCCUGUUCUCCUCAAUCCAAUCUUCUGCUGACAGGUAUUGCACUUCCGAUCACUGCUACAUACUACUUAUAUCUGUCAGAUAACUAUGACAAGAUACUCUCAUCAACCCUCUCCUAUUUUCAUCUAGUUUUAUCUUAGGUUUCCUUGGUUAUUGCGUUUAUGAUAUCUUUCAAGAGGUAGUUCUUAGAUUUCAACAUCCAUAGAUAAAAAUUCCACGCGAAUUCAUUAUUCUUGUAAAAUGUGGAUUGUGUGGUCUAUAGAUUUUUUAUUUAUUGUGAGUAGUUUUCAUUCCUAUCCAGUUUUUACAAUAGGGAAUGAGGAUUUUUAACAUUAGAACUUCCUUACUCUCUUGACUGUUGGCAUCAUCUCUGAUAAUAUUUUGCAGGUAACAUGUGAUUGCACUAUACGCAUUCCUAUUCAAAAUAAAAAGAAACACUAUUUCUGGAUUUCCAACUUAGUGUGUGAAUAGUUACAUACUUUCUAACAGAACUAAAGAUUGUAGGUCCUAUUCUAUUUGGGUUCGUACUUAAAAAAUUGUCAUGGAGACACUGACUAGAAUAAAACAAUUUCGCUUGUGCUAUAACAUGAUUUCUAGUGGUUCUCAUAAAUGGGAAGAAAGUGCGUUAAAAUAACUCACCCACCAGCCACUUAAGUAUUAAAAAAACUAAUGACACUACUCGAAUGCCUGAACGGAAGUAGUUUGAGCGGAGUUUGCACCUGAGAUUUAAUAGCUAAAAGUUGAUUGUUUUAAUCAUUAAACUGUAAUACAAAUUCAUACAUUCCAAAUUUAUAUUUGCUGAUUAUUAAUUAAACUUCAUUUAUCCUGUUAAUAAUCCGUUACAAUUAGUCUUAUAUUUUAUCUUAUACUUAUUUUGUUUAUAAUUUUUUUUAGCCUGAUGUAGACGCUCUUUUGAGUACAAUUAAACCGCCUGCUACUGAUCGUUGUAUUGAUUCUACAUGUCUUUAUUGGACUCCUAAUGUUAGUAAUAUCAAUCAGUUGAGUAAAUCGCCUAGUAGUAGUACUCUUAGUAUUAGUACUACUACUAAUCAAAAGGUUCUUCAUAAAUCUAGUCUUAUUUCACCAAGUGAUUCAAUUGGAGCAAAUAUUUGAAGAUUUUUGUAAUCUAAUUAUUGUACAUUGAAAUAUUGUAAAGAGUUUUGUUGUAUAUAAUCUAAUAAUAAUAAUACUAUUUAUGCUCUUAUUCAGUUUCUGAUGUAGUUUUCAAAUAUAAAUUUAAAAUAGUGAGAAGAAAUCAUAUUGUUUUGUUACAGCCCAUCAUGUUCGAUCCUGCUACCGAUACACACACUACUUAUAAGUUUGACCAACUGCCAGUAAGAGUGAGAAAACUAUUAUAUGUCUAGAAAGCUUUGGUUAGCAAUUCGAAUUACGUGCGCUCAAAUCCAUGAGUCUGUAUAUAUUUGGGUGAAACAUGGAUCUAAAGGCUUAGACUUUGACUAGGGGCGUAAUCAACUACCUUCAAUAGUGUGUCUCGUUUGUAAACACUGCGGUUAUCAGUAUUUGUUCGUAAAUUGACUAACUAUUUGUAGAGAAGGG